CAAGGGUAUCGUGAAUUUUGAUACAAUUAAGAACAAGUACUUGGUGGCAGGUGAUGUACUUUGAUAAAAUUUUGGGACAUGAACAAUAGUGAUCUCUUGACGACUUCUGAUGUGGGUGGAAACCUACCUGCAACGCCAGUAAUCUGUUGCAACAGGGACGGCACAUUAUUGGCGGUUUCUGCCAAUGAUAACAACAUCAUAAUAUUAGCUAGUUUCGUUAAUGAUACUGGUGCCAUUACAGCAUCUGGGACCCUUACUAAGGGUGUGGACAAAAAUGACCCCGACAGAGACAUUGGCUAUUCAACUUGCCAAUUUUUACCUUCUGAUCCAAGAAAUUACGUUCACUACGAUAUUGAAUGGGUCAACAACUCUUUAGUGUAGGAAUGGAUGGUUCCCAUGCUCAUCUCUGGGGUAGCAGCCUCACCUUAUCUGGUCGCAAUAUACAUGGUUGGUAAGGAGUACCUAAAGAGUUCAGCGACACAAGAUGAAAAUAAUCUUGUCUAUAAUAAAUUUAAAAAACCAAGAGUGGUAUCUUCUUCAAAUUCUGUGACUUGGUUACAGCGAGGAUCUCAUAGUGAUAUGCAACGAGGUUUAGAUGCCAUCAGGUCAAGGCAACGAAAGCCGGAACAGUAUUUUGCUAUAUGCAUGAUCUUUUUCAUCAGCUUCGCCAUAUUAACAAUUUCCGGUUGCCAGUGGAUACUUUGCAAGGCACACAAAAUCAAGGCGAUACACACUGGUUAUAAUUACGUCAGGUUUUGUUAGCAACGCAAGUGUACAAGAUUAUGCGCCAAAUAUCUCUAAUGCAUGGAUCGAGUCCUCUUUUCCUUGGAGAAUGGUAUUCUAAAAAUGAUGAACAUCAUCUAAACAUUUACGGUCUUUUCCUUGUUAUUUAGCAACAAGUGAUGACUGUUAGUUGAUGAUUGAAGCAUUUAACUUAAAAUACCGUAAUCUCAUGAUAUGUUUUACUUAAAUUGUUGAACUCUUGUUUACCCUUGGAGAAUUGUAUUCUACAAAUGAUGAACAUCAUCAAAGCAUUUACAGUAUUUUCCUCCUUAUUUAGCAACUAUCAUCAAAACAUUUACAGUA